UAAAGAUGCACCAAAUUACUAUAUAGCAUGUCAAGCACCACUCGAAGCCACCAUUACUGAUUUUUGGCGUAUGAUUUGGGAGCAACAGUCGCGUGUCAUUAUACAGGCUACUGAUCUAAUAGAGAACGGCAGUGAAAAAUGUGCAGAAUAUUUACCACCUUCGGUGACACUUGAUAAUCACACUACGUUCGGAGAUUUCCAAGUAACAUUAAAAAAUCGUGAAGUAAAAGAGAAAUAUGCCAUAUCAACACUAAUACUUAAGAAUACAUUGAAAGACGCAAGCCGAGAACUAACACAUUAUUGGUAUAAAUGGCCAGAGACAGGUGUACCCAACGAAGAAGCACCAAUAAUCGCGAUGCUGUUGGAAGCACGUUCAUCUCUCAAAAGUUAUGCUAUUGAACAAGCAAAUGAACUCAAGGGAAAAUCAUCAACAGCUACACUACGAAGUGAAGCGAAUGGUAUAGUGGGCAACGGUAUCGAUGAACUAAAAGAUGUAAGCAACAUAUCGGGCAGUAGCACUGGUACUAAUAGCAGUAAUGGUGAAAUAAAUGGAAAUAUUACCACCGAUAAAUUUAAAGUGACCACAAAUAAACAUCAAGGUCCCCUAACUGUUCACUGCUCUCCAGGUACUGGACGAACGGGCACGAUUAUUUCUUGUGAUGUUGCUAUACGCAGUUUGGAGACACCAAAACGUAUUGUCGAUAUACCCCAAAUUGUAUAUUACAUAAGAAGGGGACGUGCUAGUGCUGUACAAACUAAGGAACAAUACGAAUUUAUAUAUAAAGUUGCUAAUAUGUAUGCAACUAAAAUUACAAAUUUAUCAAAUGAUAAUUAAAAUUGCCUUAUUUUAAAAAUUAUUAUAAUAAAACAACUCGAUUAAGUCAAAAAGGUCCUUAUGAACUAAAUACUAAAAUAUUAUUUAUUAUCAUGCAAAGGCAAUUGUUUUAAAACUCUUAUUCUUAUUUAAACUUUAAACUUAUAAAACAAUCUAUUUUCUGAAAUAUAAUUGUGAGCUUAGAAGUAUUUAUAUAUAUACUGUAUUUUUAUAUAUUGUACUAGUUUCAUUAAUUUGUAUAACUUUCUAAUUCUAGUAUAUAAAAAAUAAUUCCAUAUUCUUUACAAACCAUAUUAGUUAAUUAUAAAAAUUGGAAUAAAAUUAUAGAUUUAUAUUUUUUAAGAUAAUGUGCAACAGAAACAGGUCAUAGCUGUUCCCAUUUCUCUUUAUGCAUUUAAAAUAUAUUUGUUUCAGUUUUCUACUUUAUAGAAACUACGUAAAUGUUCCGGUGCAAAAGGAACUAGGCGACCUAUAUUAAAAAUGCUACCAAGAUCCUCUUCAAGCUUAGCACAACACAAAUAAUUCUCAUAUUUCUUAGGUUAACCUGUUCAUAGCUUUAAAAUAUAUUAUAAAUUCUCAAGAUACAUAUAGAAAUA